AUAAAUGACGUGAUAAAAUUACAAAACAAAAAAAAUAAUCCGUGGAUAUGAUAACGAUUGAUAAUGUAAGCAGUGAUAAAUUAAAAUUUUAAUGACAGUGAUAAGACGAUUUAAAUAAAUACUAAUAGCUGAUAAAUUUAUAAAAUAAGUAUUUAAAUAAACAGACAUUUAUAUUUAUAUUUAUUUGAAUUUACGAAUUGAGUGAUUCUUUAUGUUGGUCAUUCUGUUGUUUGACGGGACCAGCUGACGAAGGCAUAUCUCCAAUGACAAUCGUUUUCGUGGUCAACAUCCAUACACAUUUAUGUGGAGUAAAAUUAAAAUUGUACAGCAGGUUAGAAAAAGUCACCUCUGAUGUAGUGAUUGAUAAAGACAAAGAACAAGACAAAACAAAAGUUAAUUAAAGCAAUAAAGGAACAAGAUAAUGAUUCAGCCAGUGACUAAAAAUAUUUAAAUUCAAAUAAAUGGUCUAGAAAAUAAAAUCUGAUGCUUUGUCUUGGUUAAAAAUCUAAACGUAGUAAAAACGUAAGUAAUAUUCGCCAAGGAUGCCUCUGGUUGCAAGAAAUUGUCCCCACAUGUGCACUCACUCAGACGUGUCUCUGAUCGAGUCGGUGGUUGCCCAGAAAGAUAAAUUUUCCAAGUGCUACGACUGUGAUAAUGGUGGUCCGAAUUUGUGGCUGUGUCUGUACCCCGGGUGUCGGUGGGUCGGGUGCUCGGAGAACCACUUGGACCACAACACGAUCCACAAUGCCAAGAAUCCAUCCCACUGCACCCACAUGAACCUCACCACCAACAGAAUUUGGUGUUACACUUGCAAGCGAGAGGUGCUCGCUAGACACGUGCCCUCACCACCGAUAUCGCCGAGUCACAUGGAGGUUAAAUUUAGUGGUAAUAAAUUUUUUGGAGAUGGUCCAGCUAAUUUUGAUAACAAAGUUGAAACUGAUAUGAGAAUUUUGGUUGAUCGAUUUCAUGGCAAUGAUCGAUAUUACCAAGAAAAAUCCGGCGACACUCCGGAGAGCACUGACUCUGAAGACAGCAAGGACUUUCCGAGCAAACCUCGGGGUCUUGUCGGCCUACAAAAUAUAGGAAACACCUGUUACAUGAACGCGGCACUGCAAGCCUUAUCAAAUGUGGUGCCGUUGACGCAAUUUUUCCUCGACUGCAGCCACAUGGUGGUUUACAUUGCCAAGGAGAGAAAGCCGGGACUCAGUUUGAGUUACAUGAAUUUGAUAAAAGACAUGUGGAACCGCAAAACUCGGGGGUACGUCGUGCCAAACGGCAUAUUGUCGGGGAUACGCGCGGUUAAUCCGAUGUUCCGCGGCUACCAUCAGCAUGACACCCAGGAAUUUCUUCGCUGCUUCAUGGACCAGCUGCAUGAAGAAUUAAAAGAGCGGAUUGAAGAGGACAAGGAAGUUAUUCACAGCUUGAAAAAUAUGGGAGAGCAGUCAUCAGAUGAGGAAGAAACGGAAAUAGAUGGCAAUGCCUCGAGUCAGUCGGACGCCGAGUACGAAACCUGCGACUCUGGUGUAAGUGAGCAAAGUUCACUGAGCGAUGAAGGGGAGCGCGGCAUGAAGCGCAGAUACUCUCGGGUUUCACAAUCAGAGAAGUUGAGAAAUAAAUUCACGACGCGGAAUAUUAAGAAAACGGCAAGCGAUGAUACUUUCUCUCAACCUCAAAGAUCUAUCCAAAGUUCACCGACUAAACAUCGGGCUAAGAAACCAGCAAAGACUAGGAGUAUAAUAAGCGACGUAUUUGAUGGAAAACUACUGAGCAGUGUCCAGUGUUUGACCUGCGACCGAGUAUCCACGCGAGUUGAGACCUUUCAGGAUUUGUCGUUGCCCAUUCCAAGCAGAGAUCAUAUUGACAUGUUGCACCAGGGCUCACUCACUCCACAGAAAGCCGGUCCAUGUUCAGACGUUGUCUACGUGACAAAUCAGUCAGGUUGGAUAUCCUGGUUAGUCCAGUGGAUGCGAUCCUGGUUCUGGGGGCCGGUCGUCAGUCUUCACGACUGUCUCUCCGCCUUCUUUAGCGCCGACGAACUCAAAGGCGACAAUGUCUACAGCUGUGAAAAGUGCAAUAAACUCCGUAAUGGAAUAAAAUACUGCAAAGUCCUCGAGUUACCUGAAGUACUCUGCAUACACUUGAAAAGAUUUCGACACGAGCUGAUGUUCAGUUCAAAAAUAGCCAGUUACGUGUCUUUUCCACUUGAAGAUCUGGACAUGCGUCCUUAUUUGCACAAGGAAUGCGUGUCCAAGGUAGCGACCUAUGAUUUAAUAUCCGUUAUUUGUCACCACGGGACUGCUGGCGGUGGUCACUACAUCUGCUACGCUCUCAACUCUGAUUUGAAUCAGUGGUUUGAAUUUGACGACCAGUGCGUGACUCAAGUGUCCCCAGAAACAGUAAAAAAUUGCGAAGCCUACGUUCUGUUCUACAAGAAACGUUCGCCGGAGAUGUUCCAGUACCGGGACAAAACGCUAGAGCUGAUGGAUAUUUCAUCGCGUGAGCCAGAGUUAAAUUUCUUUGUGUCCCGUCAGUGGAUCAAUCGCUUCAACACUUUCUCUGAGCCUGGACCUAUUGACAAUUCGGAUUUCCUGUGUCCUCACGGCGGUGUCAACCCAGUGAGAGCUCCCUUCGUCAACAGGCUGAGCAUGCCGCUUCCUCAGGCUGUCUGGGAGUAUCUCUACAACACCUUUGGUGGUGGACCAGCUUGCUCGCACCUCUACGAGUGUCCAGUCUGCGAAGAAAAAUACGAGACGUUACAAAAACGACGGCAAUAUGAAAUGGACAUUUUUCAACGGUACAAUAAUAUUGAAAAUCCAACGGCAAUUUACGCGGUGGCGAUGUCCUGGUUGAGACAGUGGCAGAACUUCAUCAAAGGCAAAGAGACUCAGCCUCCUGGUCCCAUUGACAAUUCGUCAAUAAUUAUCAACGUUAACGGCAUUAAAGAUUUGAAACCUGGAUCUGACUGCGCUCAAGUUUCCGAAGAAGUCUGGCAGUGUUUCUUAAAUAUAUACGGCGGCGGUCCAGAGCUAAUGCUGUCAUGUCUCAGGCCGGCUCAAGUUCAGUCAAACGCUUCAUUACAUUCCACAUCAGCACCAAAUUUAAUAGAACAAAGUCCAAAACAAGCCAACGCGGAAGCCAAAACGAACAAUACAAAGCCAGUUACUAAAAGUUCCGACGCCAUUUCCCAGCAAGACAGUGCGAUUGAGAGUGUACCGUCUGACUGUGAUUCGCUUAAAUCACAAAGGGAUACUAGUACCUAAAAAAAAAAAAGUCUUAACAAUUAAACUCUGGCAUUUUAUUUAAAAUCGCAUU